AAACCGGUAUAGCCGGCGAAAAAUAUCAUUAAACUUUCGUAUAAGAAUGGAUCAAGCGCCUGAGAAAACAGAAGCAGUGAUUGCCGACCCCGUGUUGGCGCAAUUUGGAUCAGCAGCGUCUUGGUCCUAUGGGAACGAAUUAAUCGUCUUUGGUUCUAAAUCAAGAGACGACUUGAUUGACGAUGGUACUAAUAGAAGUACGGUGUCUCCUAAGCUGCAUGCAGUAAAGUGGAAUACAGAUAUCUAUGCUACAAACUUAAGAAAAAUUCUAAAUGAAUCGCAUGGUACCUUUCUUGAAGCCCAAGAGAUGGCGAAAGACAAGCAAACAGACACGACAGCAUAUCUUAAGAUAAGUCGGGGAUAUCGAUCUAUUUUAAAGGCAAACAUUGAAUGCAUUAGGGAUGAUUUAGAAAAUACACCAGCUAUGGAAAAUGAAUCACAAGAUUUACGAAAGACUCUUGAAUCUGAGCUACAAAUGAUUGAAAUAAUAGAAUUAAUAUGGCAUUUAACAGAAAUUUUGUAUUUGCAAUCAUCAACCAGUGAUUGUAUAGUUCCUGUCUAUCAAAAUUGGAUAUGGUCGCAUUUUCAAGAGCCUUUGACAUGGACUCAACAUAUACUGCAACAACCUAUCCCAGAAAAAGAUGCCCGCUAUUGGGAUACUGUUUAUGGAUUAGUUCUUCAGGGCCGUACACAGCUUGUUUUUCGAUUAUUGUCAUCACAUUCACAUGCAAAUAAUUACGCUUUUAAAACCAUACUUCAUUUAAUUUCAAUUAUGCCUGAGUUCUCCAAAAGCCGCACUCCAGGAGAAUUUGACAGUGAAUGGAGAAUGUGGAAAACACAAUUAUCAAAUCUAAUUUCUCAAGGCCAAUUAUCAUCUUGUAAAAAUGUUGAGCUAUUAGCGAAGUUAUUGAUCGGUGACGAAGAAACAUUGAGGACUCACUCAGAGCUAUGCGACACGUGGUACGGUUAUUUAUUAGCAGUAUUGCUGUACAAGCGUCCUACUGCUAAAUUAAUUGAACUACAAAAUUUUACUCAAGAGUGCAUUGAUACUUUUGGCGGAGAAACUCAGCUGGAAAAUUGGGAUUUUAUACUAUUGGCAGCUAUAGACUUAGAUCUAUUAAAAACAAUAAAACUAUGUAGUUCUAGUUUUUCUAAUUGGUGGUUCCCGGCUCAUCUAACUGAUUUGCUAUUCCAUACGGGCAGAUUAGACAAUGAAAAGAUGAAGUACGGGGAACGCUUAAGAGAAUUCUUACUUUUAGAUUAUGCUUCAAGUCUUUUCAGCCAUGAAAGUUUAUGGCAAGUUGGUGUAGCAUAUUUGGAUGAAUGCAAAGUUUAUGGAAAAAGAUAUUUACAGCGACUUCUUGAAAAUAUUCCCAUUCAAUCAGAGUAUAAAGCGCGAAAAGUUCUCAGAGUUUGUCAAGAUAAAGGAAUAACAGACUCAUACCAAGUUAUUUGCCGUAUAAUGAGUACAAAGUCUCUGAAAUCUCAAAGAUAUAGUAAUGCUUUAAAUUGGGCUUUGCUCUGUAAUGACGGAAAAUUGUCUGCUUUAAUAUCUGACCAAAUAAUGAGAGAAUACGAGAAGACAGGAAAAUUUACAGCCAAAGAUGUUUUGAGUAAUUUGGGUAAAAGAAUGCUAUUAUGUCCUGAAUUAACAUUUUUGGGAAAAUACUACGAAUUUCACGAACUGUACUCAAAUAAGCAAUUUGGAGAGUGCAUUUCACUUAUUGUUCAAUUACUAUCGUCUAAUAUUGCACCCAGAAAAUACUGGUUUACUUUGAUGAAAGAUAUUGGGCCGGUAUUGAAAGAAACUCAUGUUCAGUCAACAAUUUUUGAAGCUAAGCAACUAGUUCAUUUUGCAGCAGAAUUAAGAAUUGACUUUCAAUUACAAAAAGAAAGCUUUGACUACAAACGUUCUGGUUUAGCGGCAAGAGAUAUUCGGACAUUAAAAGAAACACAGAAAACGGUUUUGGAAACUUUAAAUACCUUAAUUUCAGAAUAUAACGUUCGAUGCGUCGAAUCAGUAAAAGAAAAUACUGAUGAUAUGGACAUGUAAAUUAUUCUUUUUAAAAUUUUGAUUCUCAUUGUCUGUAUAUUAUUCGUGAAACAUUCUCUCGUUAAGGUUUUUACAAAUAGACCAAAAUAAAUCAAAAGUAUAAGUAAA